AGCUUUCUUACCCGUAACAGCCAUGAUUUCGUUGUAAAAAAUUGGAAUAAUUAUCUUCUCAGAAAGUUAAUUAUCAUUGGAUACACCGUGUAAACAUCCAGAUAUGAGCUGUCAGAGAGUGGUUUGGUCUCUGGUGGUCGUUAUAUUGACUUUGAUAACAGACGUGUGCCGGGCGGGUCAGUUUUGCUAUUUCCUGCACGAGGAUUACUACACUUUUCGGCAAAUCUACUGCGAGAGCGGCUGUUGUCGAGACUACGGCGAUGAUGAUGAGAUAUGCUGCUUCACCUGGUCUGUCGGGGUCAUCCUGGGGAUCGGGUUCGCCUGUGUGGGGUUUAUCGCAGUGGUGAUAUUUCUGGUGAUUUGCUGUCAGCAGAUGAAGAAGCGGGGUCGCAUCGGCUCUGUCGUCCAUCCGGCCGGAACUGGUGGUGCCGAAGCCACCCCCUACCCACAGAACAAUACAUUCGUCUAUGCGUCGGCGCCGCCGGCCUACCAAUAUGCCGCGUAUCCUCCACAAAACAUCUACUCCACACCGGGUAGCGUCGCACCCCCGCCUUACACCGCAGGCACCCAGCCCGCAUACGCCCCACCGUCCAUGAACAAUCCAAAUGAUAUGAGUUCCGGUAACGCGCAUGGGGGACCAACGGCACCAACUAACCCAGCAUAUCCUCCACGAUCAUAUGGUGGUUAUGGCACGGGAGAAGGAUAGCGUGUUAUAUCAAAAUACAUGUUAGAACUGUGAAACUACU